AGAGAGUUCAGGAUGCUGACCCUAACUUACAGAAGGUUGCGCUUGAGAGCAUGAGGCAGGAAAUCCGAACCUCUACAAGCUCCAUGACUUCGGUCCCAAAGCCAUUGAAAUUUCUGCGUCCACACUAUGGAACAUUAAAGGCAUUUUAUGAAACCAUGGGGAACUCGGAAUUGAAGAAGUACCUCGCUGAUAUACUCUCCGUUCUGGCUCUCACCAUGUCUGCUGAGGGAGAAAGGGAGAGCUUAAAAUAUAGAUUGGAGGGUUCAGGAGGUGAUAUUGGCUCAUGGGGCCAUGAAUAUGUGAGGUUAUGGUAG